AUGUCAGACCUACCGGCUGGUCCUGGAGGGCAGGAGGGCGCCUGGCCCCUUAGAGGGCUGUUCCUGGAGAGGCCGGAGGCACCUGGGACUCACCCUGAGGGGGCGGCAGGCGGCCGCAGAGCUGAGCAGGCAGCAGCCGCUCCCCUCAAGCCCAGCCUGGCUCCUCAACCGAGGGCGGCACCCCACGGGGCCUGCGCGGGCUUUAGCACAGAGAUCCCAGGGCGCGAUCCUGCCAGCGCGUCUGGGGCUGCGGAGAACCAGGGACUCAAAGGAAAGGAGCAGCGCGCCUAG